AUGGCCUUGGGAGGUGCAUCGAAGAUGAACACGCUUCGCGAAUACGUGAAGGUUGGCCUCAAAAAGGUGGCCACCGAUAACGGGUUCAGCGAGGGCAAAUAUCGGAUCGCGUUCGAAAACUGGUCCAACCGGGGCGACGGAUUUAUGGGCAAUAUGUUCCCCGCGUUGAUCCGUCAAGAUGGCGUCGAGGAUCUAAAGGUGCUGGUGAAGGAUAUGCCGAAAACCGUGCCCCGUCGAAAGCAUGCCAUCGGGAUGUUCGAGCGGGAAGCUUUGAUGUUUAAUAAUGUUCUGCCGGCGUGGAAAACGUUUCAGGCCGAAAGAGGACUGUUCGAAAAGGCUGGUUUCUGGCAUGCUCCCGAGUGUUACUAUGCGCACUGCGACCCAGACAAACUGGAGGGUGUGAUCAUAAUGGAAGAUUUGCGGGAGACAAACUUCCGCAUGUUGAAUAAACUGCAAGCGGUGAACGAGGAUCACGUUCGGCUGCUGAUGGAGAAGCUGGGGAAAAUGCAUGCCCUUUCGUUUGCGAUGAGAGAUCAGGCACCGGAACAGUUUGAGACUUUUAAAAAACUGAUCGACCCCAGUAAGGUGCUGAUUGCCAAAGAUAAGAAUAGAAGCACCGAAAAAAUAUUUGCGGAAAUGUUCGAUCGGGCAAUUCAGUGUCUGGAUAGCCAGGCGGAUGCGGACGUGAUCAAACGGAUGAAAAAAUUGGAAGGAAAAUUAAUCGAACAGUAUCUUGAAUGCGUGGACGCUUCCAAGGUAGAUCCGUAUGCGGCCGUCACCCACGGGGACUGCUCGGGCACCAAUGUGAUGUACAGUUACAUAGGAAAUGAUCCAAAACCAACGAACAUCCGGCUGAUCGAUUGGCAAUUGAGUCGCUACGUGUCACCGGUUCUGGACCUGUCCCAGUUUAUGUUCAUUAGCACCAACGCGGAACUGCGCGGUGUUAAAUACGAACCGCUGAUCCGUGCCCAUUAUCAGUCGCUGUGCGCUUAUCUGAAGCGAUUGGGCAGUAACCCGGAGCGUCUGUAUCCCGCCGAUAUCUACCAAGGACAGUGGAACAAGUACGGCCGGUUCGGCAUGAUCAUGGGAUUGAUUCAGGUGCCGAUGAUGUGCACGUCACCGGAGGAUUUGCCCGACAUGGACGAGUUCAUCGAGAAGGCGGAUGCCGGCGACGCGGACGUUAGCUUUCAGUUCGCCGCCAAGGGCGAAUCGCUGAAGCUGUAUCAGAGCCGGAUACGCGGAAUGCUUCGCGAUGCUGCCAGGUUUGGGUAUCUGAACGAUUAG